GUUAUUACUACUAGCUAAGUAGUACCCCUAGUAUAAAAUAGUAAAUAAUACGAUCCUUUGUAACAGUCUCUACUCUAAAUAUUAAUCGCCACAAGCACGUGAUCCACUUCACAGUCCCAACAUCUCUCUCCUCGUCUCUCACCGGACAUACAGCUGCUUCCCAUAUUUUUUUUAUUUUAUCUUUUCCUCUUCUUUUAAUUAGAAAGAACAAAAAGAUACAAUUCAUAUGGAUUUGAAUUGGGUCUAGUGUGAGUGUGUGACUUUGUAAAGAAAAAGUAAAAAAAAAAAAAAAAUGACACUCAACUUUGUUUUCUUCUUCUUCAUCAUCGUCCUCCGUGUCACCGCCGGAGCAGAGCCAAAUUACUUCAACUCAUUACUUCCUUCCGAUGCCGUUGCUUUACUCUCUUUCAAAUCCACAGCCGAUCUCGACAACAAGCUUUUGUAUUCCCUCACUGAGCGUUACGACUACUGCCAAUGGCGCGGCGUCAAAUGCGCACAAGGACGCGUCGUUCGUCUUGUUCUCUCCGGCGUUGGUCUCCGCGGCUACUUCUCUUCCUCUACUCUCAGCCGUCUUGACCAGCUCCGAGUUCUGAGUCUCGAGAACAACUCGCUCUUUGGUCCGGUUCCUGAUCUUUCGCCUCUCGUUAACCUCAAAUCUCUCUUCCUUAGCCGGAAUCAGUUCUCCGGUGCUUUUCCUCCGUCGAUCCUCUCUCUCCACCGGUUGAUGAUUCUCUCUCUCUCUCGUAACAACUUCUCCGGUCCGAUUCCUUCUGGAAUCAACGCUCUUGACCGGUUAACUUCACUGAAUCUCGAGUUUAACCGGUUCAACGGAACUCUCCCGUCGCUGAAUCAGUCGUUUCUCGCGUCUUUCAACGUCUCUGGUAACAACCUCACCGGAGUUAUUCCCGUCACACCGACUCUGUCUCGAUUCGAUGCGUCGUCGUUUAGGUCUAACCCUGGACUCUGCGGCGAGAUCAUCAACAGAGCUUGCGCUUCACGCUCGCCGUUCUUUGGAUCGAGUACGAACAAAACGACGUCGUCUGAAGCUCCGUUAGGUCAAAGCGCACAGGCGCAGAACGGUGGCGCGGUGGUUAUGUCUCCGGUGGUUACGAAGAAGAAAGGUAAAGAGAGUGGCUUAGUUCUUGGCUUCACCGCUGGUCUCGCUUCCCUUAUUGUACUCGGUCUCUGCCUCGUCGUGUUCUCUCUUGUGAUAAAGAAACGAAACGACGAACCAAAUCCAAAAGGAGACACGUCUUCCUCACAGCAACAACAUCAAUCGCAAAUCCAAACUCCAAGAACAACAAGAACAGUUCCGGUUACGAACUCGGAUUCUGCAUCUCAGAAGCGAGAGAAAGAGGUUCAGUUACAAGCAACGGAGCAGCUACAAAGCCGGAUACCAAACAGUGGGAGUCUUGUCUUCUGUGGUGAAUCGAGGAGUCAAGGGAUGUAUACAUUGGAGCAGCUAAUGAGAGCUUCGGCUGAGCUGUUGGGAAGAGGAUCAGUUGGGAUAACGUACAAGGCGGUUCUUGAUAAUCAGCUUAUUGUGACGGUGAAGAGACUAGACGCGACUAAAACGGCUGUGACGAGUGAAGAAGCGUUUGAGAAUCAUAUGGAAAUUGUUGGUGGACUCAGACACUUGAAUCUUGUUCCCAUUAGAGCUUACUUUCAAUCUAAUGGAGAGAGGCUCAUCAUCUAUGAUUACCAUCCCAAUGGUAGCUUAUUCAAUCUCAUUCACGGUUCAAGAUCGUCAAGAGCAAAGCCAUUACAUUGGACAUCAUGUUUAAAGAUUGCAGAAGAUGUAGCUCAAGGCUUAUACUACAUCCACCAAACCUCAUCAGCAUUAGUCCAUGGAAACCUAAAAUCCACAAACAUUCUCCUAGGACAAGACUUUGAAGCCUGUUUAACAGAUUACUGCCUCAGUGUGUUAACAGACUCUUCUUCUGCCUCACCUGAUGAUCCUGACUCAUCCUCUUACAAAGCCCCUGAGAUCAGGAAAUCAUCACGUAGACCGACUUCCAAAUGUGAUGUUUAUUCGUUCGGUGUAUUGAUCUUUGAGCUUUUGACCGGUAAGAACGCGUCGAGGCAUCCGUUUAUGGCGCCUCACGAUAUGCUUGAUUGGGUGAGAGCAAUGAGAGAAGAAGAAGAAGGAACAGAGGAUAAUAGGCUUGGGAUGAUGACUGAAACAGCUUGUCUUUGUCGCGUGACAUCACCAGAGCAAAGACCAACGAUGAGACAAGUGAUUAAGAUGAUUCAAGAGAUCAAGGAGAGUGUUAUGGCUGAAGAGAACGAUCCGUUCCGGUGAAUCAAAGACUCUCUGUAGGUUUCCUCCGAACAAUUUUCCAAGUGGAGGGGGGGUUAAGUUAGAGAAAAGAGAAUAUAGGGUGCGUAAAUGUAAUUUUCUUAGGAUGUGGGGUCGGAAUUGUAAGACCGUUGGAAUUUAGAGGACGAAAGUCAAAGAAGUUUCCUUUUUUCUUAUCCGUGGAUGAUAUCAACCGUUGAAAAAAAUUGGGUAUUUAUACCACAAAUAAUUGUGGAUUCUAUUGAGGCCCCACCUCUGUCAGAAUAUUUAUGACCCACAAUGAGAGAAGUCAGUAACUACAGUACAAAGUUACCAUUGACAUGUAUUUUUGAAAUUAAUAUGAUUUUUUUGUGCUA